CCCUGACAGGAGGGUGUAGCCAGACCAGAAGAGCUGCAGAACAGUGCCAUUUUCACACUGCCCCGAGGAGAACCCACUCUGUGGUCAGCUGGUGCUCAGCCACAGGUGUCCUGUGAGCCUCAGCACUGACUGGAUCAGCAGAUGGCAACAAGGAACACGUGUGGAAACCAGAAACUGCACAAUGAUGAGAUGCCUCAGCCAUCCACUGCUCAGGAGGUUGUUGAGCCUCUCACCUCAGCACGUGCCAGGGCGAUUGAGUCCAAGUGAAGGUGGUGUCCUCAGUCCAAACCAGCUGUCUCUGAGGCAGAGCUGCAGUGCUGGACCUGGGCUCCUGACUGCCACUGAUAUGGUCAACUACUGGCAGAAGGUGUUUGAGACAAAUGGGAUCCCUGAAGCACGAGAAUCCAGCCAAUACAUUGUGUCAUUUGUCCUGGGAGCAAAAACAUUUCAGAGCCUGAAUUCCAAAAGCCUCCACACUCCGCUUACAGCAGUGCAGCAGGAGCAAAUCCAGCAGCUGAGCAACAAGCGACUACAGAGGAUGCCAGUGCAGUAUGUGCUUGGUGAGUGGGACUUCCAGGACCUGACCCUGAAGAUGAGACCCCCAGUGUUCAUUCCACGGCCUGAAACAGAGGAUCUCGUCUCUUUAGUAGUGGAGGAAGAAUCUCAGAAAUGUGCGAAUUCAGGCCCCUGCUUCCCAGUUCCUGUUCCUCAUCCUGUGAUCCUGGAGGUGGGCUGUGGCUCUGGAGCAAUUGCUCUGAGCCUGCUGAGCAAACUGCCACAGAGCCAGGUCAUAGCCGUGGAUAAAGAGGAGGCUGCUGUGCACCUCACCAGGGAGAACGCACACAGGCUGCAGCUCCAGGAGAGGAUUCAUGUCAUCCACCAAGAUGUUUCCCACAGUUCUGCCAAGCAGCUGCUGCUCUGGGGCCCCGUCGAUGUCCUGGUCAGUAACCCCCCGUAUGUUUUCCAUGAAGACUUGGCUUCCUUGGAUGCAGAAAUCCUCCGCUAUGAGGACCUUGAUGCUCUGGAUGGGGGAGAUGAUGGCAUGAGAGUCAUCAAAACAAUUCUGGCUUUGGCUCCUUCUCUUGUGAAGGAUUCUGGGAGUGUGUUUCUGGAAGUUGAUCCCAGACACCCAGAUAUGGUGGAGCACUGGCUACAGGCACACCCAAACUUACCCCUCACCCUCCGUGCCGUUCACAAGGACUUCUGUGGCAAGCCUCGGUUUCUGCACAUCCAGAAACAAAGCAGAUGACAACUGCAGCAGACAUAACUCUCCUUGCAGGAUGCUUUGUGCUCUUGAGCCCGGCUGAACAGCUUGUAGAAAACUCCUUUUGCUGGGUGAAAGGAAUCUCCACUUCACUCCCCUGUGUUGGACUCUCCAUGCAGUGACAGACCCCUUCAUUUCCCGAUACAGACUUCACCCAGAGAUGCAGAAGUUCAACUGAGCAUGUGGAAGUGUUUCACCUUCCUCAGGAAGCUUUUUAGUCUGCUCUGCUAAAGUGGCUCAUUAAUCUCAGCACCCAAGACAGAGUUCACAGCUCCAGAUGUUUCAUUAAAAAUACAACUUCUUGACGUGCCAGA